AUGAGCUCGUCCGAGGCAGAGAAUUUCGACAUCGACAAUGUCUCUGGCUCGGAAUCCGACGACUAUGCCCCGGUUGUGAAGAAGAAGACUACCAAAGCGGCACCGAAGUCCACAACUGCCAAGGGUAAAGCACCAGCGAAGGCCAAGGCGGCUCCUGUAAAGAAGAAGAAACCUCUGGUCGAUGCCGACGACAAUGCCUCGGAUAGCGACGUGGAAGAAGUGGGAGGGCAGGCUAACCCGACCUCAGACGAAGACGAGCCGGGUCCAUCAGCUCCCAAACCUGCUGCUAACGGAAAGAAGAAGACUGCGUCAGAGACCUACACCAAGCUGUCGCAACUGGAACAUAUCCUCAAACGACCGGACUCCUAUAUCGGAAGUGUCGAGACUAUUACCCAACCGAUGUGGACAUACGACUCGGAAACGAAGCGGAUGGUGCAUAGAGAAAUCAAGUAUGUACCCGGUUUCUUCAAGAUCGUCGACGAGAUUCUCGUCAAUGCUGCUGAUAACAAGAUUAAUGACCCAAACAUGGACACGCUGAAGGUGGACAUAGACACCGAAGAAGGCGCGAUCUCUGUGUACAACAAUGGCCGUGGCAUUCCCGUGGAAAUUCACUCACGCGAGAAGAUCUACAUUCCCGAGAUGAUCUUUGGUCAUCUACUAUCAUCCUCGAACUACGACGAUGACGAGAAGAAACUGACGGGAGGAAGGAACGGAUACGGUGCCAAACUGGCCAACAUCUACUCCUUGGAAUUUACGGUCGACACGGCGGAUAAGAACACUGGCCAGAAGUACAAACAGACGUGGACCAACAACAUGAGCACUGUGGGCAAGGCGAAGAUCACCAAGAACAGCAGGAACGAAGAGUACACGUGCGUCAAGUUUAAGCCCGAUCUCAAGCGCUUCGGAAUGGAUGCUAUCGACGACGACACCGUAUCUCUACUGAAGAGACGCGUGUUCGACAUCGCGGGAACCGUCAGGGAUGUGAAGGUUUCGUUGAAUGGCGAACGCCUGAAGGUCAAGAACUUCAAGCAAUACGUCGAAAUGUACUUGAACUCAGCAGCAGCCACCGCCGAGGAAACAUCCGGUGGUGCUGCACAGGCGAAACCGACUAUUAUCUACGAGCAAAUAGGGCCGCGAUGGGAGGUUAUCUUCUCGUUGUCCGACGGCGCGUUCCAACAGGUGUCAUUCGCGAAUUCCAUUGCCACUAUCAAGGGCGGAACGCAUGUCAACUACAUCGCAGACCAGAUUGCAAAGAACCUGAUUGCCCAUAUCACGAAGAAGAACAAGGGCGCUGCAGUUAAAGCUCCGCAGAUCAAGAACCAUAUGUGGAUCUUCGUAAACGCCCUCAUCGAGAAUCCUACUUUUGACAGUCAGACGAAGGAGACUCUGACUUUGCCCGCAAGCAAGUUCGGAUCGAAGCCGACCUUGUCCGAGGACUUCUUGAAGAAAGUGCAGAAGUCCCCCAUUGUCGACCACGUGUUGAAUUGGGCGAAAUUCAAAGCUGACCAGCAGAUCAAAAAGACGGAUGGCAGCAAGAGGAGCCGCUUGACUGGCAUGACCAAGCUGUCUGAUGCCAACAAUGCAGGCACAAGAUAUGCUAACCAGUGUACUCUCAUCCUUACUGAAGGAGACUCUGCCAAGGCCUUGGCUGUGGCAGGUUUGGCCGUUGUGGGCCGUGACAAUUUUGGCGUAUUCCCGCUUCGAGGGAAAAUGCUGAAUGUACGGGAGGCCAAGCAUGACCAGAUCAUGAAGAAUGAAGAGAUCCAGAACAUCAAGAAGAUCAUGGGCUUGCAACACAACAAGGAGUAUACUAAUGUCGCCAGUUUGCGGUAUGGCCGCUUGAUGAUUAUGACUGAUCAGGAUCACGACGGUUCCCAUAUUAAGGGAUUGCUUAUCAACUUCCUCGACCAUUUCUACCCGUCUCUUCUUAAGAUACCCAACUUCUUGGUGGAAUUUGUCACACCCAUCGUUCGAGUUACGAAAGGGAAACAAAAGAUAGACUUCUUUACCAUCCCGGAGUAUGAGAAAUGGCUGGAGGACACGCCUGACGCGCACAAAUGGGAUUCGAAGUACUACAAGGGUCUGGGUACCAGCACCGACGCGGAUGCUCGCUCCUACUUCAGCAAUAUGAAGAAACACAUGAUCCCCUUCUCCACGACGCGGGACGGCGAUAGGGAAUUGAUUGAGCUGGCAUUCAGCAAGAAGAAAGCUGACGACCGGAAAGAAUGGCUUCGCCAGUUCAGGCCUGGUACCUAUCUGGACCAUAAUAUGGACGAAAUACCUUUUUCAGAUUUCAUCCACAAGGAGCUGAUCCUGUUCUCGAUGGCUGAUAACGUUCGGUCCAUCCCUUCCGUCGCAGAUGGGCUGAAACCUGGCCAAAGGAAGAUCAUCUGGGGUAUCUUCAAACGUAAGCUGAAGAAAGAAAUCAAGGUCGCACAAUUGGUCGGUUAUAUCGCAGAACAUGCUGCAUACCAUCAUGGGGAGCAGAGUUUGAUCAUGACGAUUGUCAACUUGGCGCAAGAUUUUGUUGGGGCCAACAACUUGAACCUCUUAAAACCAAAUGGUCAAUUCGGGACCCGUGCUCAGGGUGGUAAAGACCACGCUGCUCCCAGGUAUAUUUUCACAGAACCUGCGUCUAUCACUAGAGCGGUAUUCCCAGCCGCCGAUGAUCCACUCUUGAACUACCUAAAGGAGGAUAAUGAUUGGAUUGAGCCGGAGUACUAUGUUCCUGUUCUGCCCAUGAUCCUCAUUAAUGGCGCAGAAGGUAUUGGAACAGGAUGGAGUACGAGUAUUCCGUCUUACAACCCGAUCGAUAUCAUCCAGAAUAUUCGGCGAUUGAUGGACGGUCAAGAGCAGGAGCCUAUAUUGCCGUGGUGGCGUGGAUUCAGAGGGACCAUCAAGAAGGUCGGCGAGCACAAGUACGACGUGAUGGGUGUCGCCAAGAAAGUCAACGAUACGACUGUUGAGAUUACUGAACUCCCUAUACACAAGUGGACGGAACAGUAUAAGGCGGAGCUCGAGGCCAUGAUCGGUGAGAAGGGUGACGGGGUCGUCAAAGAUUAUAAAGAGCACCACGAUAACAUGAAUGUUCAUUUCGUCAUCAGCAUGCGAUCCGCGCAGGAUCUGGAGAAGGCGGAGGAGCAAGGCCUGAUUGAGUUCUUCAAGCUUACAACCAGGAUCAAUACAGGAAACAUGAUCUGCUUUGAUUUCGAAGGCAAAAUCAAGAAGUACAAUAGUCCUGAAGAGAUCAUCGAAGAGUUUUACCCGGUGCGACUGACACACUAUCAGAAGCGCAAGGACUAUAUGGCCAAUGAGCUUCAGAACCAGCUGGACAAGCUGAAUAAUCAGGCUCGUUUCGUGCAGAUGAUCGUCGAUAGGGAGCUAUCAGUAUCCAACCGGAAGAAAGCGGAUAUCGUGGCUGACUUGCGCAAGAAGGAUUUCCGGCCGUUCCCUAAAGUUGCUAAAGCCAAGGCAGCGGGCGAGGUUGAAGAGGUCGUCGAAGCCGAAGAGGAAGAGGCUGCUACGGGUGCCUCGAGUGACUACGACUACCUCUUGGGCAUGGCGAUAUGGAGUUUGACUAAGGAGAAGAUCGAGAAACUCCGUCAACAAGCUGCAGAGAAAGAGCAGGAGCUGUUGGCCCUCCUGAAGUUGACGCCGGCUCAGAUCUGGAAUACUGAUCUGGACAAGUUCAUUGACGAGUGGGAGAAAUCCUGCAGAGAAUGGGACUACAAAUCAACUCUGGAUGCUAAUGGCAAGCCCAUCAAGCGGAAGCAGAAGGUCCUCGAGCACAGGAAGUCUCUAACGGGCAAGAAGAAGGGUGACGAGUCUGACGACGACGAUUACAAGCCGAAGAAAGCUGCGCCCAAGUCAAAGGUAGCAGCUCAACGCCCUAAAGCCGCUGCGGCGGGAACCUCGAAGAAGGCGUCUAAAGUAGACGACGAGGAAGAGGACGAAGUUAGCUUCGUGCAACCUCCCGCGAAGAAGGCCGCGCCAUUCAAUCGGCCUGCAACUUCGAAGAAGACUUCGAACGAAGACGACGGAGAAGACGAUGAAGAUGACUUCGUGUCACCUCCUGCGAAGAAGCCCCCGCCGUCCAAGCGACCUGCUGCGUCAAGUGCCGACUCUGACUUUGAAAUGGUAGAGAAGCCUGCGCCCAAGAAGAAAGCCCCUGCGAAGGUCACGUCGGGUUCAGACUCGGACGUGCCUAAGUCAGUGGAUAAGGGCAAGGGGAAGACGAAGGCUGGGAAUGAGGGCGACAGUGAGGACGACUUGUAUCUCCAGCCAGUGAAGAAGAAGAAGGCGCAGCCGGCGGUCACAGACUUCUUCGACAAGGUCCCCGCUAAGAAGCCUCAACCCAGGAAGCCGUCCAGCUCUAAGACUGCGACCGCUCAAGCCAGAAAACCGUCAAAGAAGGUUGUCAGUGACGAUGAAGUUGUCAUGUCAGACGGGGACGCUCCUCCGCCACCCGCGACCAAACGGUCCACGAGAGGAGUGGCCAAAACAUAUAUUGAAGUCUCUGACGACGAUGGCGAUGGAGGAGACGGUGACUUAUCAUUAUUCCAAGACGAAUAG